UUUUCAUCUCAGAACACCUGAAGACCCAAAGGUUCCCUAUAAAUAGGGCUGUUUUAAUUAAGUGUAUAUAACAUUUCUAAAUUAUCUUUCUGCAGGUGCCAUGUUUCAAGACCACCAGGAAGACUGAGGAUACCAUUAAUAUUUCCAGAAUAGGCUAAAAGAAAUUAACCUGUCUCUGAGGUGACUAAAGGGGAAUAAUGGUGAUUUUGCGCCGGGCUCGGCCGCCUGCUUCCGCCCCAACCAGCAAUGAAUCUUGACUCGCUCUCGCUGGCCUUGUCUCAAAUCAGUUACCUUGUGGACAAUUUAACAAAGAAAAACUACAGAGCCAGCCAGCAAGAAAUACAACACGUAAGUGGGACACUUUGUGGAGCUUCUCAGCGAUACCAUGCUACUGGUGGAUUUAAUUGCUGCACAAACUGUGUGAAGCAGCGUCUGCUGGAAAACUCCUGCCUGUGGAAAUCAAUGCAUGGGCUCAGUGGUUAAGCCCUUUUAUUUUUUAGUUUUCUGGAUCCUUUUUCAAUAAGCUAGGCAAUUCUUUGGGCGAAUGGCUCCUAAAUGUUAUGCUGAGUAUAUUUUGUCUAUUAAAGGGACACUCCGCUGACAAAAUACAAAACAAAUAAAAUUGACUAGUAGAUAUGCCCCUAAUGAGAACAUACAUGGACUUAUUAUUUUUUUAAUUCUGGGGGGCAGGGGAGUGUCUAAAAACAGCUUGCAAAUUAUUUUUUGGUCUCUUGUCUGCAGCCUUUUCAAGUCCUCCCCUUUUAACUCCACCCAGACUUUCUAUUGCUGUCCAAUCAGUUCAGGCAAUUGCUGCCUCUUCAGUUUAGUUCCACUGAGCUAAACAAACCAGGAAGUAAGAGGGUGACUGACGGCCAAGGGGGUGUAACAAGGUUCAUUUAUAAAAGUGGCAAAUUUCCAUUAAAAUCUGUAAUUUCUGAAAAAUGAAACCCUUAUCGCACAAAGCUUUUCAAAAAGUUUUUUUUAGAUGUCUGGAGUGUCCCUUUAAGAACAAGACUCAUGCUAUUUUGCAAGUUGUUUUCUGUUUAACAGUAUUGUUCUGCUCUAUCUUGGUGUACCCACCCAUAUUAUAUAUUCAAAAAGGGUAAAUGGCCAUUUUCAGGCUCUCUAUCCUUCUACUUAAAGGACCACUAUAGGCACCCAGACCACUUCAGCUCAAUAGACAAAAAAUCUAUUUAUCAACAAAAUCACAGAUAGCUAUGUACUUAACUUGGUACAAUGUAGAUAGCUUCCCUAGAGGCCUUUCCCACUCAAGCCUGUUUUUCAUAUUUUAGCACCUAGCUGUAUCCCUAUUUCUAUUUUCUAUCCAUCUGAUACUACAAACAGCACAUAGUGUUGUACAGUGUAUAUAUAAAUAAAACACUGUGAUGUUAGAUUGCACUCACAAGAUAGAAAUCAGGUAAACGCCUUGAAAUCCACAUAGGGAUUACACUGGUCUGCUUUCCACCAUGGAAGAUAGUAAAUAGUCAGCAGGUACUUCAGGAUCCAAAUGCAAAAAAAUGCAUUUAUUAAGGCACAAAUUGCCUAAUAAAAUGUAGUAUCAAAGAAUAUAUUAAAACAUCUAACGCGUUUUGUCCAACACAGUGGACUUCAUCAGAGUUAAAAAUAAACAGCAAUACAUAUGCAUAGUACCCACCCACCCUCAGUCCCAUUAAAUACAGUUAUCCAAUGUAAUUGAAGAGCAGUCCAUGUGUGACUGAAUUCCAGAUGGAUUUCAUUGGUGGACAGAGGCCAGUUUUUCCCAAUAGGUCUUCAUGCUUUGUGUCCUCAUGUUUGUAAUUGUUGGUAUGAAUUUUCGCAGGCUUGUUUAGUUGGAUCGGCUUGCGUUCCACGCGUCCGUUCCGGUCAGUCCUGAAUGCUAUAUGCGUUCCAUUGCUAUAGUCAUGUGUUCCACACACAAACCUAUUGCUCAAGUGACCAUAACAUAUAGAAUAUUCAAUAUAAGAAAGAAAAAAGGUUGAAUAUCGGGUUAUUAAUCAUACAUCCAUUGGGAAAAGCAGUUUUAUAAACAAAUCAAGGGGGAACUUUAUCUCUCACCAUGAAGUUCAUGGACUAAAAAAAGUAAAGUGUGGUGGUAAAAAAAAAGACAAUUACAAUAAAAAUUGUAAAAAGGGAAACAUUCCACAUAUAAAUAUGGAAUUUAUGAAAGGAAGUACUGACCAUUUAACUCCUUCCUUAUGGCGUAUUCUACAAAUAUAUAAUACAUAAAGGCUAAAUAGGCCUAAGCAUAAUAGAAUAUAAUAAAUACCAUAUUUGAAAAGUAUGUGACUGUUUAUAGACAUUUUUUUUAGAAAGUGGUUAAAAAAAUGUAAAAAUGAGGGAAAUAAUAAAAAAACAAAGCUGUAUAAAACCGUUGGCUAAAAAAUCUUUUUUAGGUGAGCAAUGCAAAUCACUUCAUGAAACACAUACAGACCUUAUUAACUAAUUUAAACUUAACUUCUUUCCAUGUACAAACAAUAAAAAAAAAAUAGAAAAAGGAAAACGAGUAUACAAAAAGAAGUUGUAUCAUAAUGCAAGCUAGAUCUAUAGCUACAUUCAUCCCUUUAGGUUCUAGGGAGUCCAACUGGUAUUUCCAAUAGGUCUCUUUGAGACCAUUUAAAAUCUCUAUCCCCUCCCCUCCAGUAUGGGGAUACUUGUUAUAAUGCCUAUACCCCGAAAAUCCCUCCAAUUGAAAGAGGGACAUGCAUUGCAAUGGAUCGGGACAGCAUGAGUGGUCAUGCCUCUUUUUAAUAUUUCUAUGUUCCAUUAGACCAAUAUUAAGAGGUCUUUUAGUUUUUCCCACAUAUUGUUUGCCACAUGGACACUGCAAUAGAUAUGACAGUCCGUGUGGCAGCCAAUACCAGAUUUGAUAGGGAAACUUACUUGACUGAUGUUACUCAUAAAAUUCAAAGAUUGUCAAUGAAGUGCUCUGGGUGCCAAGUCCCUCUAGUGUUAACCCUGCAGCUGAUAACAUAGCAGUUUCAGAGUGGGUUAAUCCAGCUUCUAGUGGCUGUCUCACGGAUAGCCGCUAGAGGUGCUUCCACGAUUCUCAUUAUGACAAUCACAGUGAGAAGAUGCUGGAUGUCCAUAGGAAAGCAAUGCUUUCCUAUGGGCAGUUUGAAUGCGCGUGGCUGUUGGCAGAGGGAGGAGGAGAGUUCCCCAGCCCUGGAGAAAGUUAAGUAGCUGAAAGAGUUUUAACCCCUUCAGCCCAGUGGGGGGGGACCUAAUGACCCUAAAUGUCAGGAAAACUGUUUUCCUGGCACUAUGGUGCUCCUUUAAAGGGACACUAUAGUCACCAAAACGUUGGCUUAAUGAAGCAGUCUUGGUGUACAAAUCAUACCCCUGCAGUGACACUACUCAAUUCUCUGCCCAUUAGGAGUUAAAUCCCUUUGUUUAUGCAGCACUAGUCACACCUCCUCGCAUGUGACACUAUAUAUACAUAUAUUAUAUAAAGUAUUAUGAAGUAUUCUACAUAGAUAUAUCUAUAUAUAUAUAUAUAUAUAUAUAUCUAUAUAUAUAUAUAUCUAUAUAUAUAUAUAUAUGAUAUGGAUAUAUAUAUAUACAUAGAUAUCAUAGAUGGAUAUCGAUAUUCUAUAGAUAUGAUAUAUAUAUAUAUAUAUAUAUAUAUAUAUCACACACACGUUUCAGAGAAACUGCUGUUUAUAAAUGGGUUAAUCCAGCCUCUAAACCCUCUAGUGGCUGUCUCAUUGACAGCCGCUAGAGGUGUUUGCGUGAAAAUCAGUGAGAAGACGCCAGCGUCCAUAGGAAAGCUUUAUGAAUGCUUUCCUAUGAGACUGCUUCAAUGCGUGUGCAGCUCCUGUCACGCAUGCGCAUUCAGCCGAAGAGGAGGAGAGCCUGGCGCUGGGAAAAAAGGUAGGUUUAACCCCUUUCCUUGCCGUCCAUCCCGGCGGGAGGGGAUCCCUGAGUGCGGGGCCACCCUCAGGGCACUAUAAUGGUCCUUUAAUAACCUGCUAGACCCUAAAAGGUUUUAUUUUUAUUUUUUUUAUAAAAACUAAAAAAUGAAGUUACAUCUGAUUAAAAAUUAAACAUUCUGUUUUCAUGCAGGCUAUGUCAAUCACAGCCAGGGGGUGUGUGGCUAGGGCUGCAUAAGCUGAAACAAAAGUGAUUUAACUACUAAAUAGCAGAGCAUGGAGCUGUGAGACUUCAGGGGCAUGAUCUAUACACCAAAACGGCUUCCUUAAAGGAGCACUAAAGGGCCAGGAACACAAACAUGUAUUCCUGACCCUAUAGGGUUAAAACCAACAUCUAGCCUUCAUGCCUCCCUAAAUAUAGUAAAAUCUUACUUGUAUUCAAACCUGAAGCUGCAGGCUUUGUCCCUGUUUCCUUUUGACCUGAAUGCUGACAUCAGCAGAAGUUGUAGCCUGAUCCAAUCACAAUGCUUCCCCAUAGGAUUGGCUGAAACUGAUAGCGGAAGAUCGGGGGCAGAGCCAGCAUGAUUCAAACACUGUAAAUGCAGAACUCAAUCUUUUUAUCCUGGAACUGGAUUUUUCUUUUAUCCUGUCAAUCAUUGUUAUAAACAGUCAAAUAUACCUGACAGUCGGCAUAGAGAGAGCGCAUACAGAGGAGAAAAAAGGGGUUGGGGGCUAUGUCUACAUGUUUUCUUUUAGAGUUCAGUGUUUUUUGUUAAAUAAGUUGUCUUCUCAUGUUUGCCCCCUGACAAAAAAUUCACCACUCAUACAGUGGGUGGAAAAUGUGUUUAAAGGGAUACUGUACAAAGCUGUAUUCCUGGCACUAUCUGUGCUGGGUGAAGCUCCGCCCCUCCUCCGUACCGCAUCGAGUGGGGUCUAAUGCGCAUGCGCGGCAAAUGCUGCAUAAGCGUUAGACCAGGGGAAAACCUGACGCUGGAGGUCUGUGAGGACUUCCAGCGUCAGAUAACGGACCAAAAGUCUGGUACGAUUCCGGAAGCCCCUAAGUGGCUGGCUGGUAGAAAGCCACAGAGGGCAGACUUAGUGCUGCAACGUAAACAUUGUUCUCUGGAACUGAAUGUUUUGGGUGCCUACAGUGUCCCUUUAAUCUUAUACAUUGUGACAUAUUUGUAAGCAACAAAAUGGCAUAGGAAAAUGUCAAAUUACACAAGUGGCGCAGGGAGGAGUAUUUUUGGCACAAAUGGUGCAAAAAUAAGUGCCAAUAGUCCGAGAGAAACUCUUUGAUUGUACUGGUUUAUGCUGUUAUUUUACAUUAAAAAUAAAUGCAUAAAACCCAGAGCUGAACUUGAAAAUUAGGUUACCACAUGUUCUUGGUUUCCAGUGCUUCAAUCAGUGGUGUGACUGUCCCCCUCGCAGCACAAAUGGGACGACUAUAACUGGAUUAAUCUGAUACCAUAAAACGCUACUAUACAGACAUGUAUGCCUAGCUCUUUAUUGUCCCUGUCCCUAACUUGUCCCCUGCUGUUAACCUUAAUUCUCAUAGAUCUCCUCCUAUGACAUCACCACAAUUGUGGGACUUUUAAUGAAGAGAGCUCUCCUCGUGCACAUUAAAGCUUCCCAAUGGAAGUCCUUGAAUUAAUGUUUUCCUAUGGGAAAUCUCAAGACGUUGGAUGUCCUCAUGCAAAGCGUGAGAUUGCAGAGUCAAACUGUUAGGGAACAGGAAAAGCCUCCAUUAGGAGAACUUAAACCUUCAGAAUAAUUAUUGCAGUUUCUCAGAACAUGACGAGGUUAGACGGAUUGGGAAGUUGCACACAGACCACUUAAUGAAAUGUGUCCCAUUAACACCGAAAUCUACCCCAAAUUAUCCCAAAAUAUAAAGCUUCAAUAAAAACUUCUACAAAAAUCAGCAACCAGUAACUGCUGCUUUCUGUAGCCUCCCUUCUGUCACUCAUAGGGCAGAUAGAAUAAAGGGCAUUGACCAGGUCGAUGUGUACCAAAACGGAUAUUGUUGGUAAAAUCACUGCAACCGUAGGCUAGGUUAUACAGAAUGUCUGUUGCUUGGUUUCUGAGGCAGUCCAAGAAAAGACGCAUGAAACGCAGCAUCCAGUGUCUAAGCAUGCUAGUAUGUCAGAAGUCUGUGUGCAUGUUAAUGCCAUGACAUACUAGCUCAUCACUUGCUCUUUGUAAAUGUAAAUCUGUUAAUUUAAGUGACUUUUCACCAUUGAUAGUAAUGCAACAGCUUUGGUGUAUUUGGCUUGUAUUGGUGAAUGUCUCUUUAAAGUGAGCUACCUCCGUACACAGGGUGUGGUUACCGUUGGUCCAGCAAUAGCUGUGGACCUUAUAAUUCUGCUCGUCCUUUACUAGUUUAAACUUGCUCAUUCCCUCCCUUUCCUUCUAGAUUGUGAAUCAGCACGGCCCUGAGGCAGACAGGCACUUAUUACGCUGUCUAUUCUCACAUGUUGAUUUCAGCGGUGAUGGUAAAAGUAGCGGCAAAGACUUCCAUCAGGUAUGGCACACUCUGCGUGUAACUUUGCUUUCAUGUUAGAUGUUUUGUCGGGUAACGUGGGCAGAUCAGAUGUUCCCCUUGUUUGACUGUGUCACCUGUAGCUGUAUUUGAGUUUCAGACUUGUUGCAUUAUUCUGUGUGAGACUUGAUGUGUUCUUUCCUUACAGACUCAGUUUCUGAUUCAGGAGUGUGCUGCACUCAUAACAAAACCAAACUUCAUCUCUACUCUAUCCUACGCCAUUGACAAUCCAUUGCACUAUCAGAAGGUUAGUGGGGUUUUGUUUAAGAUGUCCACAAAACUGACUUGUUUUGGCACAUUAUGCUAAAUCUGAUUCUCCUUGAUAAAGGAGCACUCUACAAAACUGUCUGUUUUCAAAGUUUUAAGUGUGUGUGGGUUUUUUAAUUUUGUCUAGUUUUUUGGGGGGGUGGGGGGAGGGUAGCUCCCUUGUCUUAAAAGCUGCAGAAAAUAAAAACAUUAGAAAUAAAGGUGUAUUCUUACAUGGUACCACUAUUUUCUUUUCUCUUUGAAAGAGCCUCAAGCCAUCACCCCAUCUUUUUGCUCAGCUGAGUAAAGUUUUGAAACUUAGCAAGGUGCAAGAGGUAAGUAGCUAUGCUUGUUUUUAUUUUUUAUAUUUCUGUGCUGCUUCUGUGUGAUUAUCACGUGUUUUCCCUCUUAACAGGUUAUCUUUGGCCUUGCACUUCUCAAUUCUUCCAGCAGUGAUCUGCAGGGAUUUGGUAAGAUCUCUACGUUUGUGUGUGUGUGUGUGUGUGUGUGUGUGUGUGUGUAAAAAACAAAAAACAAAAAAAAAAACUCUUUUUAUGAGACAUACGGUAUCUGUACGUUGACAAAAUGUCUGUAGCCGAAUGCCUGUAGUGUACCUGGAGCCAUCCCAUCUGAGCUAAUUCUAAAUCCAAUGUGCUACUCCUUGUAUGUGCUGUCUGGCUGCCUUUUAAAUUUUGGUUCCGUAAAUAUGAUUUGCAUACAGUUAGUCUUCAUUGUGUUUUUUUUUUUUUUUUUUUUAAUAGCUGCCCAGUUUGUGAAGCAGAAGCUACCUGACCUUCUACGUUCAUACGUGGACGUGGACGUGUCUGGCAGCCAAGAAGGUGGCUUCCAGGAUAUUGCAAUAGAGGUCCUGCACCUCCUCCUCUCCAAUCUCCUCUUUGGCCAGAAGGGAGCUUUUGGGGUUGGGCAGGAGCAGAUUGUUGCAUUUCUCAAGACCCUGCGCAGAGGUAUGAAAUACAAUGGAGACGUGGUACUUUAGAGGAUAAAAGGAUUUAACUUUUUAGGAACAGAUCUGGCAUGUACACACACCAUGCAUUAUUUAUAUUGAGUCACUAAUAACUUUUAUUUACACACUGUGGUGAAGGGGCGACAGAACAUAAUGUUGGAUUCUCCGUAGUAUGUUAAAUUACACGAAUAGGCGGGGCUAAUACAGUGAUUAGCAGGAAGCUGAGCUGGACUUUCUCAGUUCCAGAGAGAUAAACACAGCAAUGUAGACUUUUACAUUUGUGCUUAUUGUCCAGAGAUCACAAAAUGUAAUAUUUUGGGUUAGAUAAACCAUGGUGAAUAUGACACUGCCCUGACUCUCUGCUACAUUCCCAUUGCUAAUAUGUCUGGGUUCUAGGUGCUUUACCUCCAGCUGAUUAGCGCUGAUUCACCUGUGGGUAUUUAAUGAAGUGAACUGUUACCUUGAUGUACUGUGGAAGUAAUUGAAAUGUUUGGUCAGAUUUUCCCCAGGAACGUUGUCCUGUGGUGCUUGCACCACUUCUUUAUCCUGAAAAACGGGACAUCCUAAUGGAUCGGAUUUUAUCUGACUCUGGAGGAAUUGCCAAAACCAUGAUGGACAGCUCUCUGGCAGACUUCAUGCAGGAAGUGGGUUAUGGCUUCUGUGUCAGGUUCGUGCCAAGUGAGAGUGUUUUCUCUUGUCAGAGCUCAGUAUUUUCAAAUCCUUGAUGCUGCACGUCAUCCAUGGGUUGAAUCUCAUUGGCUAGUGGAAAUUGUGACACCUUUCUAACGGGAUGGCAAUCCACAUAGUGACUUUUGCAUUUUUUUCAAAGAAAGUGUGGUGACUGUCAACUUCCUCAACGUUCCUCUGCUGGCCAGAUCUGUCGUUGAGGCUUUGAACGGUUACAGGCCAUGUUAUGUAGCAUCAGAUAAUGUGUGGAUUUUUAAUAAAACAUCCAGAAUGUUUUGAGUGCAGCAGGUUGGGUAAUGUGUGCAGAACUCAAAUAUCAGAUUUAUAUGUGGGAUUACAGGCUGUCCCCAUAACCUGUAAGAACAUUCCACCCAGUGCUGCAUUGGCUGGUCAACUAGCGGGAAACCUUAAGCUGAGCCAGCUUAACUGUGUCAUUUUAUCCUUGCAUGGUCUAGUGGUCUAAGCUUCCAAAGCAACGGACAUUUAGCAGCAGUGCCACUAAAUGGAGAGUUAGUCGUUGGCUGUAUCCACCUUUAGGUUGCUUUUUUCAGUAGAAUCUCUGAACUUUUAGCAUGGAAUAUUUUUUAUUGGGGGCUUGGUCACCUAAGAGCCGGUGUUUCCUCUCCUUCCAUUAAAACUGGAAGAGAUGGAAAGUCUGAUCUCUAUCAAUGCUGUAUGCGUGAAUCUCUAAAUCUGGAAAUAGCUUUUUAGCCGAGACAAACCCUAGAGAACUUGAGAGCUGAGUUUUGCAGCAACAGCUCUACCUAGAGACCCCUAGGGUGUUGCGUUCCUUGUUCUGGUCUUUGCAGUGCGAUUCCAGCGGAAAGGGAUCCAGAAUGUGCUCACUCCUAGCUUUAUCAGGCAUGGUUAUUCUCUGUAGGUAAUGGUGCUGACUCCUUUGCCAUUUUCGACUGACUUUAAUCCAGUGUUUUCUACCUUAAUCAAAGAGUAAAAGUAAUCCCAGGCAGGCUGGUUUUAUAAAUCCUUACAGCCAACCGCAAACCAAUAAAAAGCACUUGUUUUUGUUUCAGUUUGGAAGAAUGCCGCAACAUCAUUGUUCAGUUUGGUGUUCGCGAAGUAACAGCUGUGCAGGUAGCCAGAGUCCUUGGAAUGAUGGCUCGGACACACUCUGGCCUGACUGAUGGAAUAGCUUUACAGGUAAGGAGUGCUUGGUGUAAGCUUGUUUAUUGCAUUAUGACUGAGGUUUAUACUAAUAGCUGCCUUUGGUUUGCAGUCUAUCUCCUCUCCUGGCAGCGGCAUCUGGAGCGAUGGGAAGGAUAAGAACGAUGGCGUGCAACCCCACACCUGGAACGUCGAGGUUCUCAUCGAUGUGGUGAAGGAACUGGUAACUGUCCCUUUUUAAUGCUUUCUGCUGACAUUACCACAGCUGUGUGCCCCAGCAGACUGCUAUAGUUAUACCACCUGAGGAUCAUUACAAAAAUAGUUAACGUUGCAUUUUUCUGGAAUACUGCACUUGGGUAUAAAGCACAUCUAUUGCUUACUGCUCAUUCUGUGGGAGGGGAAGUAGGGAUCCUUUGUUAAAAUGUUAAUUUGGGGGUAGUUUUACCUAUAUUCCGGAUUUAAUGCUUAUUUUCCCAGUUAGAAUGAAGUAUAUGUGGUAAAUAAUUUCACACACUUACAUGUGACCUGUAUUCCAUAUAAGCUGUUUAAAUGGUGGAAAUGUUUGGAGGGGGAGGGGGGGGUUCCUUUUUUGGAACUCUUAGAAAAAGAUUAUGACUUAUGCAUGUAAUGUGUUUUUGAAAUCUCCAGAACCCAAGUCUGAACUUUAAAGAGGUCACGUAUGAGCUUGAUAACCCAGGAUUUCAAAUCCGUGACAGCAAAGGUCUCCAGACGGUGGUGUAUGGCAUCCAGCGCGGUCUUGGUAUGGAACCAUUCCCUGUCGAUUUAAUCUACAGGCCUUGGAAACAUGCAGAAGGCCAGGUACUUGCCAUGCUCACUGCACACUGUUUCUUGCUCAGGAUUUGUUUUUAUGAACAAAUUGUAGUGUAUGUGUGUAUAUAAUUAUAUUUUAUUUUUUUUCCUAUCAGCUCUCCUUCAUUCAUCAUUCCUUAAUGAAUCCAGAUAUCUUCUGCUUUGCUGACUACCCCUGCCAUGCUGUAGCAACCGAUAUUCUGAAGGCACCACCAGAAGAUGACAACCGGGAGAUUGCUACAUGGCAAGUAUUGACCCACUCAAAGCAGUGACAUACUAACCAAUCCUUGCUGUCUUUUUCUUUCUGUGGCAGCUCUAAACCAUUUUCCUUGUGUGUUUUGCUUGGUUUUAGGAAGAGCUUGGAUCUCAUUGAGUCCUUACUUCGGCUGGCUGAAGUGGGCCAAUAUGAGCAAGUGAAACAACUCUUCAGCUAUCCAAUCAAGCAUUGCCCCGAUAUGCUGGUUUUGGCCUUACUGCAAAUUAACACCUCCUGGCAUACUUUGCGCCAUGAGCUCAUCUCAACACUGAUGCCAAUAUUUCUCGGUAAUCACCCAAACUCUGCCAUCAUUCUGCACUAUGCAUGGCAUGGCCAGGUGAGUAAAACUCUGGAUUUCCAUGGAACAAGGGAAACUCUCUGGUAUUGUGGAUGAGAUUCUGCAAAAGGGAUGUUACCGGUCUGACUAAGGGGGAGGCAGCAAGCCUGUGAACAUGUUUAGUGAUUCUCCUUCUGCAAGCUUUAUCUGUUUUUAGAUAAAUCAUUGUACCAAAAAGGCUGUGUAUUUUAUUACUGGUGACAUAGUAAAUGUAGUAAACACAAGGUGCCCUAUGGUUUAUGUUCAAUGAAAUGUGUAAUGAUCUCUGCUUAUUUUAGGGCCAGUCCCCCUCCAUUCGGCAGCUUAUAAUGCAUGCCAUGGCAGAAUGGUACAUGCGCGGGGAGCAGUAUGAUCAGGCCCGCCUCUCUCGAAUACUUGAUGUUGCCCAGGAUUUAAAGGUGAGAUGGUUUUACCACAGUUGUCUUUAUCAUUCAUUGCUCCCUUUCUCCCCAGCUUUUUUUCUGAAAUUUUUUAUUUUUUUUAUUUUGUCUGAUGCUUAGUUGUUGGGAGAUAUAUAUGUAUGCAUGGGUGUGUCUGGUAGGGAAGGGGUUAGUGUGAAAAAGUCAAAUACAUCAAAUGUGAAUGAUCAACGUUUCGACCCCUCAGGGUCUUUAAGAUCAGUGUUUACAAUCUAAGUGAUGUUAUAUAGGAAAAAGAUAAGUGAACUCACCAAUGCAGUGAAGUGUGGACCCUCGAACUGAUUGAAACAUGGAAGUGAAGGAAGACUGCGUGUGACGUCAUUACGUCACUGUUGCCACGGUAAACACAGUUGUGUCCUAGCAACUGUGAUACUAAUAAAGUGUCCAAAAAAUAUGUUCAAAAGAACACACACUAAACAGUCCAGGUAGGAGGAUAACAGACAGAGGACGGGAUACAGGUGAACAGAACAACAAAAGGGUGGAAGUGCAGACACCUAGGUGAUCAAUGAGUAAAGAAAACCCGAUCUACAUACAUCACCUAUAUUGUGAUAAAAGAAAUACUGUAAAGUACAGAUGCAUAUUCAGAAAAAAACAAAGGGCGAUAUUGUAUAUUAUCAGAGUUGGAUGGUGUAAACUAGAUCCAUAGUCCAGAGUACUGAUCCUAGAACCUCUGGUAGACAACAAAUAAAAAAAAUGUUCAGCAAAAACAAUAUUCAACAAAAAACAAAGUAUAAAGGGGAUCCUUUCCCUUACAGGAAUACUAUGCUAAUACCAUUACCAAAAAAAACUUGGAUAGAAGCUGUAACGGACAGGUUAGCCCACAAGAGGUUAAAAACCGUUUAGGCAAUAUUCCCCUUUCAGAUGUGCAGACAGCUACUGCAAGCACCAAUCUACAUGAAUUCUCCAACUCCUGAACAGGAAACUCACGAAUACUGGGAACAGCUGAACAGGAAAAACCAUACGAAAGGUUUACACUCCUGGCAGUCAACAUACAAUCCAAUUCCCCCAAUAAUGAGACGACACUUCGUUUGAGGGUUAAAGGACCACUCUAGGCACCCAGACCACUUCAGCUUAAUGAAGUGGUCUGGGUGCCAGGUCCUUCUAGGGUUAACCCAUUUUUUCAUAAUUAUAGCAGUUUCAGAGAAACUGCUAUAAUUAUGAAUGGGUUAAGCCUUCCCCCUAAUCCUCUAGUGGCUGUCUCAUUGACAGCCACUAGAGGCGCUUGCGUGCUUCUCACUGUGAUUUUCACAGUGAGAGCACGCCAGCGUCCAUAGGAAAGCAUUAAAUGCUUUCCUAGGCUGAAUGCGCGCGCAGCUGCCGCGCGGCAUUCAGGCGGAGAAGGAGGAGAGCUCUCCGCCCGCUGGAAAAGGGUAAGUUUUUACCCCUUUCCCCCUUCCAGAGCCGGGCGGGAGGGGGUCCCUGAGGGUGGGGGCACCCUCAGGGCACUAUAGUGCCAGGAAAACGAGUGUUUUCCUGGCACUAUAGUGGUUCUUUAAGCAGAAUCUGUUUUACUGGCACCAAAAGAACCUUCUUUUAUGCAGGUUUCCCUUAGAUAGGACCACCCACAGGGUUUUACAAAACAACCAAUCAUACACGUAUAUUACAGAAACACUCCCAGCAAUCCUCCCCUCUGCCUGUGAUCUAAUUAUGGUACACAAUGGGUUAACCUAAUUAAACACAGGCAAUAAAAAUACAGUUUUUACCCAUAUCCUGUAACUUUAAAACUACACAUCCAAUCUCCAUAAAAAUAUUUAGAAUCAGCAACCUUCAAAUAUAAACAUAACCACAAAUCAGCCAAAUCCAUCCAGGGGUUUAAAAAGUUAGCUGGAGGUCCCUUUAUGACCGACCGCAAGCACAUUUUCCUGCCCAUAACAGUUCCAUAGAUUUGGGCUGUGAGGUCGGUCUAUUUCAGGCUGAAAAAAUGACUAAGUCCCAUCACCGAAUGGGACUUAGUCUCUGCGGCUGCAAAAUCGUUGUGGGAGAAGGUAGGGCUCCGCGGUGUUCACGGAAAUGUGUAGCCAAUUUUAGUUCCACAAAUUUGGCUCCACAUACCGCUGACCUCGUGCGAAUGAACAAAGAUGGCCGCCACCACGUGUUCGGCAAACGAACAAAGGCCACCCAGCGUUGUCAAUUAAGCUGCGGUUAACUGCAGCUUCUGGGAGGUAAAUUGCCGACACACUCCCAAUACAGGUGGCCCGCCUGUGUAGUACUUGGUUCAGUAAGCCCCAUUUACUGAACCAAGUGAGAAAUGGCUAGGAACAAAGGGUUUUAACCAGGUCUGGGAACACCGUCUUAAAGGGGCAGUGUCCCAAUUUUCCCUAUGCCCCAAAAAGGUGCUUAAAGGGCCAGCACCAGUUCCAUAAAAUGUACAUAAGCCCCAAUAUGCCCACCGACUGUCUUAAAGGGCCAUACACCCAAUAAAAGUCCAUAAGUGUUUUUUUUUUUUUUGUUUUUAACAAUCUCCCAGGGCCAUAGUGUAAAGGCAGCAGGCGAGCAACCAGGCUUCUCCAGUGCAUAGUGGCGAGGUUGGUUCCGCCACAGAAGCAUACAUUAAUGCUCACAUUAGCCAAUUCUGGCAAUCUUAAUAGAGAACUAGAUUAACAUAGAAUAAACAAUAUUUUUUUUUAUUUUUUUUUAAGCCUUUGGGAGCAACAGUGUCAAAGUGGUGAAUCCAGUAUGUCUCAUGCUGUGGCAAAAGUUUGGAUCCAUCACCUUCUCUAGGCAAAGGAAGGUGGUCUAUGGCCAUGAAUCUGAGGGAGGGUAGGUGGUGGUCAGCAGUGAGGAAGUGUUUGGCAGUUCUUUGAUCCCAGAACACUGUGUUGAAAGAUCGAUGGCCUCUCAUACAAUCCUUGGUCGUGAGAUUGGUCUUCCCUACACACGAAAGCCCACAGGGGGAAAGUGUUCAUGUAGACAACAUGAUCAGUAGUAUAUGUAAUCUAGUGUUUGUGGUUUUUUAUUUUGUUUUUGUUUUGUUUUUUUUUGUCUCUAUGAUCAUAUGGCUGCAUGUAACGCAGCCACUGCACUUGACACUGCCAGGAUCCUGCACAUUACUAUACAAAACCGUCACAAAUUAUAAAACCUGGCAGUUUUUUGAUUUAUUUUAUUUUUUUCACAUUAAAACUGUUUAAGUCCAAGAGUGCAUUUUUUUUUUUUUUUAAUUUUUUUAAUUUUUUUUUUUUUUUAAAUAGAUUUUUCGAGGGUUAGCACCCUGGCCUGACCUCUAUUUGUUUGUGCUGGGAGAGUGCCGAAGAAGUAGAUGUAGAUAUAUAUUCUGUGUUUUAAAAAAUAGUGUGUGUGUGUAAUAUAUACACACACAUUUUUUGCGUGUCGUUAUGAAUACGUUUUGGCACUCAUACCAGGGUGCAAAACCAGCGAAAAAAAUAUAUAAUGGGAAUUACAAGGCGCACUCCUGGAUUUGAAAGUGUUCAGUUUACGGUGUCCAAAUAUUAAGAGUUCAGCAGAUCAACCUUAUCGACCUAUUCAGGUCUUUAUCAAGAUAAAAUUUUAAUUUACCCUCACACUUCCAAAAAACAAAUUUAGUAUGGGGAGGAAUUUUUAUGGAUUGGGGUAAUGGCUGCAGCUCCUAUCCAGAUUAAAUGCUAAUUACUGUAAACUUAUUGAUGACUAAAACAAAGGCAUGUCGUACUUGAAAUGGUCUUUUCAGAAACCGUUUGAACAUAGUGUUUUCUUUCUCUGUAGGCCUUGUCAAUGCUGCUAAAUGGUACGCCAUUUGCCUUUGUUAUUGACCUUGCUGCACUUGCUUCUCGACGGGAAUACCUCAAACUUGACAAAUGGCUCACAGAUAAAAUUCGGGAACAUGGGGUAAAACAGACUUUGCAUUGUUACUUUCUCCCCCCCCCCUUUUUUUUUCUUUUCUUUUUUUAAAACCACCUUGGACAGUCAGAAUGUAAAAUUUGAAAUCCUGCUCACUCUCUUCUAGGAGCCUUUUAUCCAGGCAUGCAUGACCUUCUUGAAAAGGAGAUGUCCCUCCAUCCUUGGUGGCCUUGCCCCAGAGAAGGAUCAGCCUAAAAGUUCCCAACUGCCUCCGGAGACUCUGGGGACUAUGCUGGGCUGUCUCCAGGCUUGUGCUGGGUAGGUUAGAAGGCUGGACUUACCAGCCAAGCACAAACAAAUACGAUAAUUUGCGUUAAGCGAAGAGCUGUGUGGGGCAGGUGGGAGGUGUUGGAUGCAGAAUGAUUUGGGCAUCUUAGAUCUUUUAAAAAUACAUCUGUUGGAAGGCGAGGUUAUAAUCUGAGUGAUGGGGGAAGCAGGCUGAAGGCAUAGAAUGGGUUAAUAUGUAUUUGCUGUGUUGCAGUGCAAUGGUUCAAUAUUCCUGUUUAUUCUGACUAGAAUGCAGAUGUCUUUUAUUUAAGGCUGCUGACUGACAUUUUUUGAUAGCCUUCAAGGAAUUGUCCAGCGCAGGUUUAGUCUAUCCACCUCCCUUCUAGUUACAGCUGCCCACAGGAUGUAGAAUCUAACCAGGUCUGUAAGAAUAUUGUGAGUGCUUAUUGAUCAAUGUUUUACAUUUGUGAUUACAAACUCACAGGAACAUUGACGCUAUAUUCCAUUUCUGUAACCAGCUUGGCCAUUCUUCCAAGAGAUCAGCUAACAGUCAGUUAACCAUUAAAGUACUGGAGCAGGAUGUAGUGUUCCUUUUUAAUGGUUAUUUUGUUACCAUGUCCCAUGUUGCUGAAGUUGGGAAUAUAUAGUAUGUCCUGAUUUGAUUUUUAUAUUCCUUUCCAGCCCUAGAGAGCUACAUUCUAUCCUAUAAGGGCCUGUGAUGGGAUGUAGAUCUCUAGUACCCCAUUUCUUGUAAUGUAUGUGAAACCACCUGGGAACAGGCUAGGGUUGUGCUCAAUUUUCUCAUUGUUAAAUUGUUGUGUAGUCCUGGCUGAUUUCUGCAGACUGGCUGUUGGGCUACGGACUACCCUGGUAAGGAGCCAUUUCCUCUUAUAAAGCUGUUCCCUAGUAUUUCUAUGCAGCAGUUAAUUUGAUUUGAUCCCUUUUUAUUUUUAGUGCCUGCUUUCUUUGGGCCUUAGGAUCUAACCCAUCCUAAGUGUGUUUGGAUGCUGCAUUGUGCUAAAAUCUCCACUCUUUUCUAUAGGAGUGUUUCUCAGGAGCUGUCUGAGACCAUCCUUACUAUGGUUGCCAACUGUAGUAAUGUUGUGAAUAAAGCAAGACAGCCACCUCCGGGGGUAAUGUCAAAAGGCCGUCCCCCCAGCACCAGCAGCCUGGAUGCCAUAUCCCCUGUACAGGUAUAGUAACGUCUAUUGGAGCCGCUAAAAAUCCAUGUUUACACUAAUAGCCAUUCCUGCUCUACCCACUGUGUGGACUGUUGGGAGGGAGGGAUACCUUUCUACUGCGAUCUAGAUCUGCGUGGCUCCACCUGAGCUUCACAUUGUCUCCCAGGGUCAUUCUGGAAAGGGAGAAUUCAAGGUGAAUUUUAAAAAAAGUCACUUUGUAAAUUGUAUAGUUUUUAACAUUUCGACACACAGAAGUACGGUAGAUAAAUGCCACAAGGUAUACAAUAUACAUUUUUUGUCAAUAGAUAGCAGAACAGUUGAAAUUUAAAUCCGUACAGGAUAAGAAUUGGCAAGAUCGAUAUGCAUGAGUACGUGGAUCUUCGUGUCUGUAUUCAAUAUGACAAAGUACAUUAUAGAGUGUUCUAGGUUAUCAAUACAGCAGUACUGCAGCUUCAUUUAAAAAAUAUAUUAUUUUUUUUAAUUUUUUUUAACAGGGGGUUAGUGUGGAUUUCCAGUGGAAAGCUAUGCUUGUCCUGGUAGCUUUUAUAAGGUUCAGCAUUACUGCGUUAUGAGUCUGGGAUGAUCUGUAGCAGAAAACCUUGUCCCCUAUAUCUAUCUUGAAUUGUUUCCGUAUUCUACAAUCACAAAAUAUGUGGUGGGGUGAAUUUCAAAUUUAACGUCAAAACAUCCUAACUGAAACAUUUUGUCACGUGGGCUUUCUGUCCAGUUAUUCGGACUAUACAUUUUGUAUUCCCCUAGAAUUCUCACAUUGGUGAAUAACUCAUUGAUUGCUUUGCAGCUGUUUUAAUAAAGCAUUUAUUUAUUUAUUUCCUCUCCCUCCUAGAUGGAUACCCUCGCUGCCAUGGCCUCUCUCAGUAUUGGUGGUUCUGCUCCUCAUACACAGAGCAUGCCUUCUUUUCCUCCCAACCUGGGCUCUACAUUCAGCACUCCUCAGUCACCAGCAAAGGCAUUUCCUCCACUUCCCGCUCCCAACCAAUCCAGUGCAUUCAGUGGCCUCGGGAGCCUGUCCUCUCAGCUUCCAGGUGACUAGUUUUUUAUCCAUACUGUUUGUAGGCUGUAUGCGGCUAACCUAGAGGACCAGUAGGGCUGUGUGCGCUACAUCCAUCGGUUACCAUGCAGAAGGCCUGUUGCAUAGCUUGUGGUGUCUAACUGAUGUGUCAUGUCAUUAUAAAGGUGGCCUUGGAACUAGCAGCUUAACUGGAAUGAGUACAGCGGGCCUUGGACUUCCAGCUGUCAUUAAUGAAUCCUUCGGCCAAAGAAAACUGAGCACAUCUGGACUGAACCAGCCUACAUUCCAGCAAAGUAAGAAUCCAGCCCCUCACUCCCAGAUCUCUCCACCCCUUCUCGUAAAUGGCGUACUAUCCAGAAUGAGUGAUUGUUUGUCCACAUACUGUGGCACUAUAUAACAAUGCUACUAAUGCAAUGUCUAUCUUGCAGCGGACCUGUCUCAGGUGUGGCCAGAGGCUAAUCAGCACUUUAGUAAAGAAAUUGACGAUGAAGCAAACAGCUACUUCCAACGCAUUUACAACCAGCCGCCUCACCCAACCAUGUCUGUGGAUGAGGUAUGGAACUGACUGCAUAUUUGGAAUGUUCAUGCUGAGUGAGGGCUUUGUCAAGUCUCCUUGUUAUAAAGUGAUGUGUGAAUGAUUUAACUUGAUGUACUGUAAUGGUUUCCUCAAAAUGAAUUUUAAAAUGGGGUUCUGGUACAUGGCAAACCAUGGUGACAAAUGACUGUCACCACACCUACGCUAAUGCCUGCUGGCUCACAUCCAGCUCAUUAGUGCUCUUGGCCAGUGAGUGAACUGGGCUCAAUUCACUCUUGAUCCAGGUUGGCUAAUGAAAGCUGCCAUCUGUAAGAUUCACCAGUGGCAGGAAAGCAAACCAGUUUUCCUGGAACUAGAGAAUCCUGGAGUGCCCUCCUGCCCUGUCCCAUGUCGCUGAAGGGGUUAAACCCAUUCAGUUACCUGAAUCCAGCUCUGGUUAGACUCUGCCCCCGCUCCUCCAUCCCCCGAUAGGGGAGACCUAAUGCGUAUGCAUGGCAAUGGCCGCACAUUGGACCUCCCCAUGGGGGAAAAUCUGACGCUGGAGGUCCAUGAGGACAUCCAGGGUCAGAUAAUGGACCAAAAGUCAGUUUUGAUUCCGGAAGAGUCCCCAGUGGCUGUCUGGUAGAAAGUCACAGAAGGCAGACUUAAUGCUGCAACGUAAAACAUUGCAGUUCCUGAGAACAAUGUUUACAUUGCAGCAGUAAGUGCAAAAGGGUCACAGCAUCCAGACCACGUUAAUUAGCUGAAGUGGUCUGGGUGCUUAGUGUCCCUUUUAAAUAAAUUGAUUCAUUACACAAUGCCUUUGUAUUAACUUUUAAACUGUUCUACUUAAAACAAUCCAAAGGGGCUCUGUGCUUUGCGAAUCCAUUUAAGGAAGAGUGAUGCAUGCACGUUUCCUGUGCAGCAUUUCAUAUUGAAACGGUCCCUACAUUGUAACCUCUUUUUAACACUAAUGUGAUCUCAGCACCUGGAGAAAGCCUUUCCAAGUAAAAGCUUUAUUUUCCAUUUCACACAUGUAAAAACAAAAAACAAAACAUAUUACACAAAAAAACGAAAUCUAUACUUAACACAUGGUUCCCAAUUAUCCCAUUCAUCCUAAAACUGUUGUCCUGUAUAAUGUCAAGACAUAGAAACAUACAUAGUUAAAGAUGGCCUUCAUCUAGAUAACUAAACUGUAAUGUGCUUGUUAAGGGAUCACUUUUUUUUUUUUUUUUUUUUUUUUUUUCAUCCAAUAAUACCACACAUUUACUGCAGGUGACUUACAAUUCUUUCUUCUAGCACAACCCAUUUCUAUCUUACAUUGCCAGAGAACUUGUUCCCAUAAUUUCUCGUUUUGGAACAUUACAUUUAGUGAUCAUCAACUUUGCCACGGUUAAAAUGUGGAGGAUUAUGGGAAGAAUGGUAUAAGUGAAGCUAUUAUUUUCCAGUACUAGAUCACAUCGUAGUUCUAUUGCUUUAAACACUUCUUCCCUAAAAGUUUUAGUAGACAACCCCUCAGUUACCCAAAUUCAUCCCACAUCUCCAUCAAGAUUGCUCUUUCAGCACAUUUGUUACUCAGUUUGUCAAAUCUAGAUGGCACCAACAGUCUGUUAUGUAGUUUGUAUUGAACUUCUUUCAAAUGAAGGCAGUGAACGUAUGUAAAUAACUGCAUUUCAAAGUACACAAGCCUUGUUUCAUGUUGCCCUAUUGUGUGGUUGUCAUUGUUCAGAGCUCCAGUGCUGACUGAUGCCAUUUCUUUACAGGUGCUGGAGAUGCUUCAGAGGUUUAAAGACUCCAGCAUAAAGCGGGAACGGGAAGUAUUUAACUGCAUGCUUCGUAACCUGUUUGAGGAAUACCGUUUCUUCCCGCAGUACCCAGACAAGGAGCUGCACAUUACAGCCUGCCUGUUUGGUGGCAUUAUAGAGAAAGGACUGGUCACUUACAUGGCUUUAGGGCUAGCACUGCGCUAUGUAUUGGAAGCUCUACGGAAACCUUAUGGAUCCAAAAUGUAUUUCUUCGGAAUAGCUGCACUAGAUAGGUUUAAGAAUCGGUAAGUGGUGUCUUGGUUGUAGGAAAGCCUGCUAUAGUGCUCAGAUGGUUUAUGGGAAACUUUUUUUACCAAGGUGCCAUUCUGCUUCUCCCGUAAUUGUCUCAAGGUGUACCCUGUGUCUAGCUAGUGGCUGCCUUUGGGUUGAGUCUUCUCCCUAUAGUUCUGUCUGAACAGCCCCUUGGGCCCUAAGACAUGCAUGAAACUGCUUUCAGAUUAAAAUUGUGUUUUUAUUAAGUUCUUUUGGCUCCUUCAAUUGAGGAUAUGCAGAGGGUUUGCUGUCCUUUUUAAUAAAACGUCUAUCCAUGCCUUUGUUUCUGUAACACUAAUUUAAUCAUGCCUCUGGUUUCAGAUUGAAGGACUAUCCUCAAUACUGUCAGCACUUGGCAUCCAUCACUCAUUUUAUCCAGUUUCCCCAUCACUUGCAAGAGGUGAGUGUGCUCUCAUGGCCUCAGUGGGUGGUAGAAACGUUUUUUUGCUCUGGUUACUAAAUCUAUCAUUUCCCCCUGCAGUAUAUAGAGUAUGGCCAGCAGUCCCGGGAUCCCCCGGUGAAGAUGCAAGGCUCCAUUCAAACACCAGGCAGUAUUGCACUAUCCCAGGCUCAGGCUCCAUCCAAAGUUCCAGUCCCCGGCCCUGUCAGCACAAAUGUUGUAACCACCUCUACCACUACCACCACUGCAAAAACAAUCACCAUAACCAGGCCGACUGGUGUCAGUUUCAAGAAGGAUGUGCCGGUAAGCAGCCACUUGUAACUAAUGUGAAUGGCUUCCCUGCUUACUUCUGUAAUAAACAAGCCACACAGGCCAGUGACGGCUUAAUGGGACAUGGAGCUAGCCUGCAUGGAGUCUUAAAGGCUGUUCUCAAAGUGCUAAACCGGAGAAAAAGAGAAAAGAUAGUGUCAGGAGAGUGAGGGCAUUUAACAGAAGCAUUCGUUUUUUUUCAAUGUAUUUGCACCCUACUUCCCAGUGCUUCUCUAUUUAAAACAUGACUUACACAUGAUGCUUCCAAGGUUGAAUUGUGACGGGCUGCCAUCACUCUUGGUUUAUAAGUAACCUCUUUUUAGGAGACUGGGAGGUGAGGGGGCAGCUACAUAUAAAGGUAAAAUGAGGUCCUCCAACUUUAGAAGGAAAUGUUCUUUUAAAAUGCUCUUGUGAAAUGUUAAAUUUGACUGGAACAAUUUGCUCUUCUUUAAGGGGCCCUUGUUGACUCGUGUCCUUUCAAGAUAGACUUGAUGGCUUUUUCCAGUUCUGUGACUGGUAUUGGUUGGGACCAUCAGCUAAUUUUCCCUGUUACUCUUCUUUCUAGCCAUCCAUAAAUACAACCAAUAUCGACACCCUGCUAGUGGCUACAGACCAGACUGAGCGCACCGUGGAACCCCCAGAGAGUGUCCAGGAGAAGAUUGCAUUUAUAUUUAAUAACUUGUCCCAGUCAAACAUGACACAAAAGGUUGGUGCAUGGACUUAUUCUGCAGAUCUCAUCUACAAAAUAUUAAUUUAUUUUUUUGUAAACUUUUUGUGCAUCUUUAACUCUCUUCAACAUAGUUAUAACAGUUCUGUUUGACAAGUCUAAUACACAUUCAUAUAUGGUAGUUUGUGUGCAAGGUGUUCUGUCCUUGUCUGUUUAUAAAAUACUGCUAUGUACAGUGCUGCGAUUUUUAACAUGUCCUCGUCAGGUGGAAGAGUUAAAGGAAACUGUGAAAGAUGAAUUCAUGCCUUGGGUAUCGCAGUAUUUGGUGAUGAAAAGGGUUAGCAUUGAACUGAACUUCCACAGCUUGUAUUCAAACUUCAUGGAUGCUCUGAAAAACCUAGAAUUCAAUAAAAUGGUACUUGCAGAGACCUACAGAAACAUAAAGGUAAGUAUUUAUUUUGUUAGAAGUGUCUGACUAGGAAAACCUGCACUGGCCUUGUGAAUAACUGUUUGGUUUUUUCCUUUAUCCGUCUUUCAGGUACUUCUAACUUCUGACAAGGCUGCUGCCAAUUUCUCAGAUCGAUCUCUCCUGAAGAACUUGGGCCACUGGCUGGGGAUGAUCACUUUGGCGAAAAACAAGCCCAUCUUGCACACCGUAAGUGUUUGUGCAGAGCUGUCCUGCUUAGUCACUUGGCUGUCUCCAUGAAAUGCUUCUAUAACGAUAUAUUUGUCCCCAGGACCUGGAUGUAAAGUCCUUGCUGCUUGAAGCUUAUGUUAAAGGACAGCAAGAACUUCUCUAUGUUGUGCCUUUUGUUGCCAAAGUGUUGGAGUCCAGCAUCAGGAGUGUGGUAAGGAUCAGUGGUUUGAUGUUCUGGCUACUUUCUACCUCUAUACUGUAUCUUCUACUUCACUUUAUACUGACAGAGUCUUUGCAUACAGGUUUUCCGGCCUCCUAAUCCCUGGACAAUGGCCAUUAUGAACGUACUGGCUGAGCUUCACCAAGAGCAUGACUUAAAGGUGAGCUGGCAAGUUUAUUUUUAUCAAACAUGAACCUGUAUUUGGCUCUUCCAUUUCCAGUAAAUCUUGUAAGUGCCUUUGAAAAUUCUUGUUUGGGGGUUUUUUGUCUUGUUUUUUUGGACACCUCUGACCGCAGUAGAAUUGUGCUAAAUUUGAUAUUUUGUUGCAGAGCAUGACCAAUGGCAAUAAUCGACUGACUUAUGCAUGUCCAAUAUUCACCUGCUUUGUAGAAUGGGUUUUAUGGGGUUUCCUAGCUGCAGGAAUUCUAAUAAAAGGGAAGGUUUUAUUUAAAAAGAAUUCUGUAAUGUAUUCUAAAGCAGAUAAAACUAGUAUCUAAAAUCCUACCUAUUCUGUAGACCAUGUGAUCUUUCGCCUUCUUGCCUAGUGCACACACGUAUUAAGGUUUCAAGGAAAUGUUUCUUCCUGUGAAACUUUUUCUUCUCCCCUUGUGAGUCAUCUGAAAAUAUGCCUAUCACCAUAAUCCGCUUCCGGGCUAAUGGUGCCAGGAGUGCCAUAGAGUAGUUUGGCCGUUUUCAUGGGAUCCAGUUGGUGCCACCUGUUUGGCAGCUCUAAGCUGAACCAGUGAGCUAAACCAUUCGGUGAAGGGCCUCGCUCGGUGUUUUGGUGACUGACAAUUGGCAGAGGUUUGCCAUGAGCUCUGCUGUGCAGGACCAGCUAAGUUGGCCGUUUCUAAUUAUUGUUGCUACAGACUGAAGGAGGGCACUCCUGACACGAUAAGUACACUCCAAGCUCACUGUAGUGGUUAAACAGCCUUUUUAUCAUGUGUAGAUGUAACUUAUUUCUGCCUUUAAAUUACUGAGCAUUAUGUAAAUAUCUUCCUAUAACACACAUUGCUGUAAUCAUGACUUUAUAUUGAUUGUUCUUUGAUCACAGCUGAAUCUGAAGUUUGAGAUCGAGGUCUUGUGUAAAAACCUAGCAUUGGACAUCAAUGACUUAAAGCCUGGCAGCCUCUUAAAGGACAAAGAUCGUUUAAAGAGUCUGGAUGAGCAGCUUUCAGCCCCAAAGAAAGACUUGAAACAGCCAGAAGAGCUGCCACCAAUCACCAGUGCCAAUGAGUAUGCCAUCCGCACGGCUGGUAAGCUCUGGGCUUCGGUAGAGAAGCAGGAAUCUGAUGCAGUUUUCACAGGUGAGAAACCUGGAACUUCACAAUGUUUAGUAGGUUCCACCUAGUCUGUCUGAGGUGCCUGUUUGCAUGGAAGCAUGAAUCUGCUGUGUAAUAUGGGUCUCCCCUUUUUAUUGGUUGCAAGACUCUUGUUUUUUUUGUUUUUUUUUCACUCUCUGAGCUUUAAUUGAAAUGUGAAAAGCCUUUUCCUUCCACAGCUGCCAGAUUUGCUCUUCUUAUUGUGACUCAAGUAAUCCAGGCGCUAUCUUUGCUUGAUUAACAGGUCACACUAACUGCUACAUUGUACUCUCAUAAUUAAGGUUCUUGGAGCCUCAUGUCCAAUUCCAUGAUUACUAGUCAAACUGUUUGACACUUACCUGGGUCCUCUAGGUACUUCUGGGCUGACAUCUUGUUUAGAUAUCUCCAUUAGAUUUAGCCAUUUUACCUCUAUUUGAAUGACAUUGGCUGUCUCAUCCGACAAACUCUAAAAACCCUGAAAUUGGGCACUUCCACUUUAAUGUCUGAAGUGGUGAGUUUCUUUGUUAUUAUGAAUUGUUCAGAUUGGAGCAGUACAUCCGCAAUAAAGGUUAGGUCUCAAAUGUUAACUGUACCAGACGUGCUCAACAGAUAGAAUCAAUCUUUGGUCAGAUUGCUACUUGUUGGUCUAUCAGACUACCUUGUGUCUUCCCACCUAUCCCAGGCUAUCGUCCAAACUUAAGUUUUGAUUUUGUUUUUUGGUUAGCUGCUAUUUUGGCCAUACAUUCAGUUUUUUUUUGUUUGUUUUUGAGGGGGUGGAGGGGUUUCUAUUGGUUGUAUACAGUAGUUUACCACAAGAGGAGAAUAAUUUAGUUUUUGCUCAGAACCGCAAGACCCGCAGCUCUAUUUAUAUAGGUAAUUUUGUAGCAGAAGACAAUCUGGGGUGUCUGGGAUAGUUAAUCCCAUGAUCGCAGAGGUUAUUUACAUUUUUUUUUUUUUUUUUUUCUAGUAAUUUGUUGGGUUGGGACAAGCCCACCAAAUUAUCACUUACUCCUGUUACACCUCCAGCUAUUGUCAGAGAUGCCUGGACUUGUGCCUUUAAGGCAUUCUGGCACCAUGUACCAUCUAUAAAGGAUCUUCCUAGAGAGCUCUGUGAUUUUGUGCACUGUGUGAGUUUCUUGUAGGAUCUAAAUCUUUUCCCAAGUGUUUUCUGGACAUGUACCAUUUAGAUCUCGUUCCCACGCUCAAACUAAUGGAAGAGUGUUAAUAUCUUGACUGGUGUUCACACCAGCAAAAAGUAUUGAAAAUGAUUUUGAGAGCAGGUUUUAGUUUAAUUCUGCAUCUUAUCGAAACUAGUCAGCUGCAGCCCACGUACAAUCUUGGUGGCAGGAGUAUGUUUUAGUAACCAUUCUUUAAGUUGUAGAUAAGAAAUGUGCGAUAGACUAUAGAUUUGUGUGGGUGUGAAUUGUGCAGAUUUUGCGCACACCGAAAAGGCAUUUUUUUUUCAUUUGUGUUGGGUCCUUACUGCAAGCCAUCUGUUACAACACUGAGGGGUGGUUAAUUCGAGAUUUACAGCAUUUUCUUAUGUUUUAUUUAGCCACGGCUACAGCACCUCCGCCCAGUACAACCUGUACAUCCAGCGUUCCACCGCAGCCUCAGUAUAGCUACCACGAUAUUCAUGUCUAUUCCCUUGCCGGGCUGGCGCCUCACAUCACACUCAAUCCUACGGUGAGUCCUGAUGUCUGUAAACCUAUAUAUCAAUCUCUACACCCCCCAGCACAAUGUUUUGGUCCUGGGGUUUAAAGCUGCUUUGGCAACUGUUUUUGCUCCAGCUUGCAUUUUGUUGGAGAAACACUCCAUUGUCUGUUUAACAACUUAGUUGAUAUACCCUAUAGAGAACAUGCAUGUACAGAGGUGGCAAGUGGUGUCCCUCGGGGUUCUGUUCUGGGACCCCUUCUAUUUAACAUGUUUAUAAAUGAUCUUGAAAAAGCAUGUGGAAUUCUCAGCCUGAAGUGUUUCAGUCCAUACAGAUGUUCAAACAGCAACUAGAUGCAGACUUGCAAUAACAGAAUAUUCAAGUAUAUAGUUUUUCAAUGUAGGGUAAUAACUGCUUGAUCCAAGGAUAAAUCUGACUGCCAUUCUGGGGUUGAGGGAGAUUUUUUUACGGCAAAAAACAAAUGAAGGCUGAACUUGAUGGACGCAAGUCUCUUUUCAGCUAUGUAACUAUGUACUUAUUGCAUGUUUUCUUUGUGCCUAUAUGGGAAAGUCGUUGUGUGGGGAAACACAAAUCAGAGGCUGCUCUUUAAGGAGUCGUACACUCACAGCUUUCCGAUGCUUCUCAGUCAGCUGUAGUACCACUUAAUGAGAAGUGGAAGGCAUGUGUGCAUUCUGUGGCGCUAACAAAAGCAGAGGAUAGAUGUGACAGAAUCUAGACACACCAGUUCAGCAAGUUGUAUGUGGUGUGUUCCUUUUAAAUGAAACGACUUUCAUGUUUUGAUUUGUUUUUUCAGAUUCCUUUGUUCCAAGCUCACCCUCAGCUUAAACAGUGUGUGCGCCAGGCUAUCGAGCGAGCAGUACAGGAGCUGGUUCACCCCGUCGUCGAUCGGUCAAUAAAGAUUGCAAUGACAACCUGUGAGCAGAUUGUACGGAAAGACUUUGCGCUGGACUCUGAGGAGUCUCGCAUGAGAGUGGCUGCCCACCAUAUGAUGCGGAACCUUACUGCCGGCAUGGCCAUGAUCACCUGCCGUGAGCCGCUGCUUAUGAGCAUUGCCACAAACUUGAAGAACAGUUUUGCCACGGCAAUGCGGGUAAAAUAGCAGAUUACUCUUGGGUUUUAUUUGCGUUUGAACUUAAAAUUCCCCAAACUACUUUUUAACUUGUGUAAACGGUGUGCAGUCCUGUACCACGCCUAUUCAAAAAGCACAUCUAGAGCUUCUUAUUGAGAUUCCCUUUCUAUUCCUGGUGCUUGGAGAAUACCUUGUUUAGGUUAGAAUGGCUUUGUGCUUUUACGACAGAGCCCUAUUGUAAAUACCAUUGUUUUGACCUCAGAAGUUGCUAAGAUUGUAUUUGUGGUGUGUUUGAAUAUGCUGCCGUUUGGGUUAUCGUAAUCUGUGAAUUUUAAUGUUUGCUCUCCUGUCUCCAGGCAGCUUCCCCCCAGCAGCGGGAGAUGAUGGAGCAGGCAGCAGCACAGCUUGCCCAAGACAACUGUGAGUUGGCCUGCUGCUUUAUACAGAAAACUGCUGUGGAAAAAGCUGGACCUGAAAUGGAUAAGAGGCUUGCAACUGUAAGUACCAUGUGAUUACCUUCAGACAGCUGUGCAAUCAAAGAAUACUGGCACCAUAAUCACUAGAGCCUGUAAUGGUUGUAGGAGUGGUCUGGUGCUGUUCUAAUGUAACUUGUCAAACUCUUUCAAAAUUGCAUGACUACUUACCGUAGUCACCCAGUACCUACACCACAUCCCAAUAGCUUGCUAAGCACUGCCAAGUCUGGACCAUGCUCAUUGGCAAGUGCCAAGUUGAUGCCCUCGGCCAGUAAGUGCAGUCCUGCAUGACUUGGCUCAGAACCUUGCUUACUCUGCUUAACAAAUCUGGAAGCUGGGACCCAAGAAAGCUGGUUCAAUUUUUAAAUGGGUACCCUGCUGGGGUACUCCAGACACCCUAAACACAAGGAUGCUUGAAUUGAAUGGUUCUUUUAAACUAAGUAAUUGCUGACUUGUAUUUGCAGUCUAAAUGUUGAACCUUUUUUGUACUUUAUUAGGCUGAAAACUGUUUAGACAGUACGACUGUACUGGAAUAUUUUUAUUUUAUUUCCAUUACUCUGUGGGCUUAACUUUAAAGCUCAGGGAAUAUUUUAGAAGAGAGAAUUUUUUAUUUUUACAUGUAUCGCCAAACCAUGAAUCUCUGUAGUUUUUGACCACAUGAAUUUAAACCCAUUAAUGUGCAUGUUUUCAGGAAUUUGAGCUGCGGAAGCAUGCCCGACAGGAAGGACGUCGUUACUGUGACCCUGUAGUGUUAACCUACCAGGCAGAGCGUAUGCCGGAGCAGAUCCGGCUCAAAGUAAGUGUCUUAGUCUCUCACGUUGUGGGGGAGGUUGACUUGAAUUCUUGCUCAAAGUAAUUAUUGAGCGAAUAGUCGCAAACAUUAGACCUCUUUCUGGCCGUUGCUCGAUAUACUGGUAAUGUGGUGUAGUUCUCUUUGAGGAAAAACUUUAUGGUCCGCACAUAUGCCAUGUUAACACCUGAAAAAUAUCAGAAUAAACUGAAAACCUGAAUUGCAUACCUUCUAGACCACACACAUUAAAAGGUUUAACUCUGCUUUACUAUUUUAACUAAACAAUUUUUCUAAUCUGUCUGAAAUUCAAAGCAAAAUGCAUGUCCUCUAUAUUUUCACACAGGUUGGAGGCGUGGACUCUAAACAGCUGGCUGUUUAUGAAGAGUUUGCACGGAACGUUCCUGGAUUUCUUCCAACCAAUGACCUGACCCAACCCACAGGAUUCCUUGCACAACCAAUGAAGGUACCAGAAAGGAAUGUGAAACCCACACUGUACUGUGAUUGCACCUUCUGGGGCAUACUGCAUUGAUAUUGUACAAGUGUGAUUUUCCCCUCUCUACUUCACAGCAACAAGCCUGGGCCACAGAUGAUGUUGCCCAGAUCUAUGACAAAUGCAUUACAGAGCUGGAGCAGCAUUUGCAUGCAAUACCACCCACACUAGCAAUGAACCCGCAGUCCCAGGCCCUGCGCAGCUUGUUGGAGGCGGUGGCACUGGCUCGCAACUCUCGCGAUGCUAUUGCUGCUCUUGGACUCUUACAGAAGGUGACUAUACAAAAAGAUGUGUAGAAAUGGCUGGCUGUCAACAGUUCUAGAUCUGUUACUGGUCGGCCUGGCUACAGAAUGUAUUCUAUACUGAGAUCUGUUUCUUGUAAUAAACAGAAUGUAAUAAUGGAACGAGCAUGCCAGGCUGCCAUAUUACUUUAAAGAUUCAAAUUGUUGCUGACACCUUUUACCUGGGGGAAGUGAAGUGUUUGUUAUAGGUCUUUUAAUCUUUCCUGUUGACAUGCUAAUUUUAAAUGGCUUCACCUCUGCAGGCCGUGGAGGGUCUUCUGGAUGCCACCAGUGGUGCUGAUGCAGACCUUCUCCUUCGUUAUCGGGAAUGUCAUCUCUUGGUCCUGAAGGCACUGCAGGAUGGCCGGGCAUACGGCUCUCCGUGGUGCAACAAACAGAUAACCAGGUUUGUAUUUCCCCAUCUCUUCAUUGUGGAAGCCUUGAAACUAUUUGCUCGCAUGUAUAAUGUCUGGCUUGUCUAACUGAGCACACCCGUGUUAAGGAUUAGUCUGCAUUCUGUAUCCGUAUCCCCUAAAGAGGCACUAUAUGUUCCUUUCCUCCUGCAGGUGUCUGAUAGAGUGCCGAGAUGAAUAUAAAUACAACGUUGAAGCCGUGGAGCUUCUGAUCAGAAAUCACCUAGUGAACAUGCAGCAGUACGACCUUCACCUGGCUCAGGUAAUGCAGUUAAAGGUAUGCAACUUGUGAGUGUUCACUCUUUACCUGAUGUGGGUGGCUGGGGACUGGGAUGAUGUUUAGCUGCUUGAUUUCCUUAUCUGUAUUUAGUGGGACAUGCAUUAGCGUAAUCUUUAUAGUGACCUUUUAUGCUGUAUUAAUUGACUGUAAAGUACUGCAGCCUGACAUUGAUGUUGGUGUCUUGUCCAUUCCUUUGUUGCCUAGUCCAUGGAGAACGGCCUGAACUAUAUGGCUGUAGCCUUCGCCAUGCAGCUGGUUAAGAUUCUGCUGGUGGAUGAACGCAGUGUAAGCCACGUGACUGAGGCUGAAUUCUUCCACACUAUCGAGACACUGAUGCGAAUAAAUGCCCACUCAAGAGGCAAUGCCCCAGAAGGGUGAGUGAAUGCCCUCCCCUGAAUAUUACAUGGUGUAGAUACUGGGGUUGUUGAUUCUACAUUUCUGUUAAAUGAAUAAUGGCUGUAUACUUUGCUUGUGGUAUUUUGUGGGUUUUAUCUAUAUCUACGCACCAUUUUUAAACCCAUUCCUAGGCUUUGGUAGGGGUUACGCUGUGGUGCAACAGUAUUUUCUGCUUUCCCUUACUGCGCCUUCCAUGUGCAGUGUUUGGUGAUGGCAGUGAACAUUGGCCGUGGUGUCUCUGUUGGUUGUCAAGGACUGAUGAAGAUCUUCAUAGCUGUGUAAGUUUGUGUAUUCUUGGUUAUUAAACCAGCAUCUUGUUUCCAGGCUCCCACAGCUCAUGGAUGUUCUGCGAUCCAAUUUCGAAGCCAUGAUUGAGCGUGCCCAAGGUGGGCCAAACUUCAUGAUGCAUUCUGGCAUUUCUCAGGCCUCCGAAUAUGACGAUCCGCCAGGCUUGAGAGAGAAGGCAGAGUAUUUGUUGAGAGAAUGGGUAAACCUCUACCAUUCAGCAGCAGCUGGGAGGGACAGUACCAAGGCAUUCUCUGCGUUCGUUGGCCAGGUAGAGACCUUUAUCUAUCAAAUGUUACAUGUUGUAAACCAAUUAACUCUUCUGGCCAUCACCUGAAGAUGGUUUUAAAACCAUGCUAGUACACCCUUAAAUAGAAACGUAAACUACAUGAUCUGUUUUCUGGUCUGUUCCUGUAUCAGACCUUGUCACGUCUGUAGUUAUAUACUGUGCAGUGCGUGAAACAAAGUCCUGAUUUACACACACUAGGGAACUUUGCCACGUGUGGAUUAUUUUAUUUAUUUUUUUAAAUGGUUAUGGUGUCAGGACUUAGAACACUUUGUCAUAUGAAAGCAUGCAGGCACAAAGUGGCAUAAUAGGGCUUAACAAUUUUAUAUACCAUGCACACGGCUGGAAGUGACCACUGGUACAGUCUAUUGUUGCUGCUCACACACCGGUACAUGCAGUACCUCUUGAGAGGGCAGUCAUUACACUUGCAAGUGCUCGUUUGUAGUGUCCCUGCACAUCUGGAAGCUGGGCGUCUUUAAAGCAUCACUUUAGAGCCAUUUUCUGCCUAACUUGUCAAAUGAAAACCUGCCACCACAAGUGCUGCCUAGUGUCUUUAAUAUCAGUUUGACAUUAACCAGGGCUCGCUUUGCAUGCAUGGACUGGCCCCAAUCUCUGCCUUUUUGAGAAUUAACACUACUGUAUGGGUCAGUCUGUAUAGGAUGGACAGAAUCCAUUUUGAUGUGGAGGUGUAAAUUCUGCAUCUAUAGAGCUACUGUGGGGCAGACCAUUGGCACAAAGUACGUUGGUUUCAAAACAGCUUGAUAUUAAACCACCACCACAAGCUGGAGCCGUUUACAUUUUCUAGCACUUUCUUGUCUGACAUCUGCAGAUGGACAUCCGGACUAUUUAUUUAUUAAUUAAACUUUUCUAUUCUCAGAUGCAUCAGCAAGGUAUCCUGAAGACUGAUGAUCUGAUCACUCGCUUCUUCCGCUUAUGUACGGAGAUGUGUGUAGAGAUCAGCUACCGCGCCCAGGCAGAGCAGCAGCACAACCCUGCUGCCAAUCCCACCAUGAUCCGAGCCAAGUGCUACCAUAACCUGGAUGCCUUUGUGCGGCUGAUUGCUUUGCUGGUGAAGCAUUCUGGGGAAGCCACUAACACAGUCACAAAAAUAAAUCUCUUGAACAAGGUGGGCGUGUAGUUUGUUUGUGGGAAUUGGACACCUUUUAGGGAACUCUGUGAUGUGCUUACACCUUCUCCCUGUGACAGGUUCUUGGUAUUGUGGUGGGAGUCUUAUUACAAGACCAUGAAGUAAGACAGAGUGAAUUCCAGCAGCUGCCAUACCAUCGGAUAUUCAUCAUGCUUUUGCUGGAGUUGAAUGCACCUGAACAUGUCUUAGAAACCAUAAACUUUCAGACACUGACUGCAUUUUGGUAUGUUUGCACCUAGAUCCACUAUCAUUGUCUAAUUUGAGCUCUCUGAGAGAAGUCGUGUAGCAUAUAGAAAUGCCGUUAAUUCUAUCUGUACUCUCUGAACCGUUAAUUUGCAGUUUCCUGCAAGAUAAAUUAACAGCUAUCUCUCUUGCAGCAAUACCUUCCAUAUCCUCCGGCCAACCAAAGCAGCAGGGUUUGUCUAUGCCUGGCUGGAACUAAUCUCUCAUCGUAUAUUUAUUGCUCGAAUGUUGGCUCACACCCCGCAACAGAAGGUGAGCUGAUCUAAGCUGGAGGUAUAUGUGUGCGUGUGUAGUGACCAUGUGAACUGAACCCCUCUAUUUACUUACACAGGGCUGGCCCAUGUACGCACAGCUACUCAUUGACCUCUUUAAGUACCUCGCUCCAUUUCUGAGGAAUGUGGAACUCACCAAACCUAUGCAAAUCCUCUAUAAGGUAUGUCACACAGGGAAUGCUGAUACCGAAUGUUCUGCUGACGCUUCCACUUCCUGUUUUGAUGGUGUGUCCCACUGUUUUGUACAGGGCACCCUGCGUGUAUUGCUUGUGCUACUUCAUGACUUCCCAGAGUUCUUGUGUGACUAUCACUACGGCUUCUGUGAUGUGAUUCCACCCAACUGCAUCCAGUUGAGGAACCUAAUUCUGAGUGCCUUCCCACGAAACAUGAGACUUCCGGAUCCUUUUACCCCCAACCUCAAGGUAUUGGCAAUUCAGUAAUCGCAUCAAGCUUUGUAUAUAGAGCCUACUGCUGGCACCAUGGAACCAAUCAAGUCUGCAAUGUUAGGUGGUUGUGUCCUGCUAGUUAGUGGUAUGGUAGUGUAAUAAGGCACCAUUUUUUUAAACCAGUGUCUGUACUUGGACAGUGGCUACGCUGUGGUGCGACAGAAUGACCCGUGCUCCUUUAACGCUGGUAGCUGCCAAUACAGUAAGCAGAUUACAGCCGGAGAGCUUGGGGACAGGUUAUACUGUUGGGUUUAGACUUUCCACGUAGAACUGGAUUCCUGCAUGCAGUUUGAGUAUCUCAUCAAGCAGGGAUUUAUUGCAUCCUGUUUAUCUUGGCUUCUAGGUGGACAUGUUAAGCGAGAUAAACAUUGCCCCUCGAAUCCUUACAAACUUUACGGGAGUGAUGCCUCCACAGUUCAAGAAGGACUUGGAUUCUUACCUUAAAACCCGGUCCCCGGUCACGUUCCUAUCGGAACUCCGCAGCAACCUGCAGGUAAAUGCACAGAAUGCCGAGAGGAGCUGGAGUUUGCCCUCUAGAAGCGGGCUUGCAACUUACCUUUCUGCCCCCUCCUGUGGCUUUCUAGGUAUCGAACGAGCCUGGAAACAGAUACAACAUCCAGCUGAUAAAUGCUUUAGUACUGUAUGUGGGGACACAAGCGAUUGCUCACAUCCACAAUAAGGGUAGCACUCCAUCCAUGAGCACCAUCACACACUCUGCUCACAUGGACAUCUUCCAGAAUCUGGCCGUGGACCUGGACACUGAAGGUGAGGUUUUAUUGCAGGGCUGUGUGGCCUAAAAUCCUGCAGAGCUAUUUACAAUUCAUUGUUUUAUUCUCUUUAGGUCGUUACCUGUUCUUGAACGCGAUUGCCAAUCAGCUGCGUUAUCCCAAUAGCCACACUCACUACUUCAGCUGCACCAUGCUUUACCUCUUCGCUGAGGCAAACACUGAAGCCAUCCAGGAGCAGAUAACCAGGUGGGGCGCCACUACCUCUUUAGCUACAGUAAUUCCGAAGUCAACAUGAAAUGUGCCCCCGAGGUUGUGUCUAUAGUCCAUCCCAGUCUUUCAUACCAUGUGCUCGUAUCAUGCUGCAGAAUAAAGCGAAAUUAAAAUGGUAAACGUUUAGACUGAAAUCUUGCUUUCUUUUUCUCACUUUCCCCUCUGUAGGGUUCUGUUGGAGCGGUUAAUUGUGAACAGGCCACACCCAUGGGGCCUCCUGAUUACCUUUAUUGAGCUAAUUAAGAACCCAGCCUUCAAGUUCUGGAACCAUGAGUUUGUUCACUGUGCGCCAGAAAUUGAGAAGUAAGUUAAUUUCACAACUGUUAGCUUGUCUUAAAUCUGAUUAGAUCUAUCCACACCUGUGACGGUCUCUUUUCCCCACUCACCCACCUGUGACGGUCUCUUUUCCCCACUCACCCACCUGUGACGGUCUCUUUUCCCCACUCACCCACCUGUGACGGUCUCUUUUCCCCACUCACCCACCUGUGACGGUCUCUUUUCCCCACUCACCCACCUGUGACGGUCUCUUUUCCCCACUCACCCACCUGUGACGGUCUCUUUUCCCCACUCACCCACCUGUGACGGUCUCUUUUCCCCACUCACCCACCUGUAGCGGUCUCUUUUCCCCACUCACCCACCUGUGGCGGUCUCUUUUCCCCUCACCACCUGGCGGCGGUCUCUUUUCCCCACUCACCCACCUGUGGCGGUCUCUUUUCCCCCACUCACCCACCUGUGGUCUCUUUUCCCCACUCACCACCUGUGGCGGUCUUUCCCCACCCACCUCACCUGUGGUCUCUUUUUCCCCCACCCACCUCACCUGUAGCCCGGUCUCUUUCCCCCACCACCUCACCUGCUGUGGUCUCACUUUUCCCACCACCUCACCUGUAGCCGGUCUCUUUUCCCCACCCACCUCACCUGUGGCCCGGUCUUUCCCCACCCACCUCACCUGUGGCGGUCUUUCCCCCCCCCACCCCCUCACCUGUGGCAGUCUCUUUCUCUCCCCCACCUCACCUGUGGCUUGGUCUCUUUCUCCCCCACCUCACCUGUAGCGGUCUCUUUCUCCCCCCACCUCACCUGUAGCGGUCUUUUCCUCCCCCCCACCUCACCUGCUGACCCCCCCACCUCACCUGUGGCCCCCCCCACCUCACCUGCUGACCCCCCCCACCUCACCUGUGAUCUCUCUUUCCCCCACCUCACCUGUGGCGGUCUUUCCCCACCCACCUCACCUGCUUGAGCGGUCUCUUUCCCCCCACCUCACCUGUAGCGGUCUUUCUCCCCCCACCUCACCUGUGGCGGUCUUUCCUCCCCCCCACCUCACCUGUGACCCGUGACCCCCCCACCUCACCUGUGACGGUCUCUUUCCCCCCCACCUCACCUGUGACUGUCUUUUUUUUACCCAUCUGUGACGGUCUUUUUUUUUUUCCCACCCACCAACCUGGGACAGGGUUUCCUCCCCCACCCAUCCCCACAGUGCUCUUCCCAGCUUAGCUUGUACCACACUCUUUAUAAGGGUGACCUGUCUCCUUAUACUGCCAGUGUUACUAAUCAUCCCUUUUAACUGAUCCGAAUGUGAUUGGUGUCAAUGAGCUGACCGGUCUCUUCCUCCCUAGGUUGUUCCAGUCUGUCGCUCAGUGCUGUAUGGGGCAGAAACAAGCCCAGCAAGUGAUGGAAGGCACAGGUGCCAGUUAGGAGCCUGCUUUUCAGAAAACUGAUUCCAACUGCUCUGAGCCUGAACAACAAACGUCUAAUGUGAAGAAUCCCCAACUGUACACGUUUAACUUUUUUGCAAAUUUAUUUUUGUUUUUCCCCAAAAUGUCCCGCUCCCCCUGCACCUGAUGGCCAUAUCAUUCACAGCACAAAUUUGAGCCAGGAGUCGGCAGGAUGACAUAUCUUCUGUUUUGAAUGGGGUGGUGGAAUGAAGUCUGGCAAAUUUUAGUUUUUCCCUCAUACUCCCAUAUGUCCAAUAUUUGGCCAAAACUGUUAGAAUGUUGUGAAUAUAUAUAUAUAUAUUUUUCUUUUCUUGAUCUCUUGUAAAUACUGAUCUCAAAUGCAACAAAAACAUAACCCUCUUAGUGUGGGCUGGUCUUUUCAUGGGUUGGCGCUGCACUGGCAGGCUGUGGGAGGUUAUGGUUAUUAACUGCUUCACUUCCAGAGGUUUGCCUGGGCAACUCUUCAGCAGAUGAACUUUUUGCUAGUGAGUGGGACUGCUGGACACCAAGCACUUGUGUGGCAAUGGGGUGUGACGGGGAACAGCUGGGGAAAUAACUCUGAGCCUAUUUAAAGGUCACAGCUCCCUCUGCGCUAAGCAACAAAGUCAAGUUUAUUCCUGCAGCCUUUGAAGGCCUGUGCUGUGCUCUUUAAAUACUUGUCAAUCCUACUGCUUUCACUUUGUUUACAGACUCUGUCCUCUGUAAGGCUGGGUGGGGUGAUGGGUACUGUGUACAGUUAAUCUCUGCCUCCAGCUGAUCAGAACGUUUCACCAGGGUGUGACGAGCUUCUGCCAUUUGGCUUGUAAAGAGAACCAAACACUAUUUUAUUUUAUUUUUGACAAUUGUAAAUGAUCAAUGUGGGAGCUUGCUUUAAGGAGUUAUUAGCUGCCUCCCUUUACCCCUCGAAACAAGACUUGAGUUUGUAAAGAAAAAAAUAAAUAAAUCCUGGACCAAUACAGGCCAUUUUGUAAGAAAUUUUGACUGUUUUGUAAAUGUAUUGGUCCUGUGUUGUAUUUUGUAGGCUUUCAGUUGACCCACAUGUAUGUAUGGAUUCUGUAGUUACACAUUAAAGUCAUGACAUGCAGCAAACCUUGUGUUAUUUUGCUGUAUUUCCCUCUUUACUGGCCAAAAGUUGUCAUGCUUUCUCUUAAUAUCAAUUUUUAUUUUAUGUAAAUACAAACCUCUUCUGUCAGAAGAACGGAUAAAAUGAAGCCGAAGCUCCCUCUCAGAUUUGGCCCAGGAACGGACAUGCAGUGUUUAUUUCAAUAAAUCAAUACCUCCCAUUGAAUCACAUGCAAUAUAUGCUGCUACAUGUUCAGGACAUUGGAGGGGAAUGCAUGAUCGAUGAAUGUCUGCUACGUGCCCACCUAUUCUGUUUAUACCUCAUUAACCCCCAUACAUGCUGCUCCUCAGGACCGCAAUGGGAAAU